AUGAAGACCAGCCCUCACAGGCCCUUAAUUCUCAAAAGACGGAAGCCGGUCCUGCCACAUGAGGAUGCAGCCAGUGCUUCAGCACGGAAUGAGAACACUGCUCAGGAUGAAAAGAUCCCUAGGCAGGAGCACAAACAAGAAGGCCAACACAACAGCCAACCCAGAGACAAAAUGGACUGUGGCCUGCAGAAAUUUGCAGCAAGAAUAAAGAUAAUUGACCAUCCUACCAUGCCCAACACACAAGUGGUGGCCAUCCCUCCAAAUGCCGAUAUCCAGAGCAUCAUAGAGGCACUGACAGCAAAAGGAAAAGAAUGUGGCAACAAUGGGCCCAACAAGUUCAUUCUCAUUAGCAGCGGGGGCACAUCCCGUUCAGCAGCUCCAGCAUCAUUGCAGCAGCUCCCAGAGAAGAAACCCAGUGCAGCCACCAGGGCUGCAGAUGGUCAAGAAGGAGAGAAGGAUGUUACAAAGACACCCGGUCCUGCAGGAGGAACAAUGAUCUUGCAUUCAGGAACUGAUCCUGUGGCUGAACAGGAGAGCAACAGUGGUGGUGAGACCAUGAGCCCUGUGCUGGACAAUAGUCUAACUAACAUCCAGUGGCUGGGGAAGAUGAGAUCUGAUGGACUAAGUCCCUGUUCUGUGAAGCAAGGCACUGAGAAAGAGAACCAGAUGCCUCUGCAGGAAGGAAUGAAGACUGAAGAAAAUUCUGCUGCUGCUUCUGUUCCUGCUGCUGCCGCUGUCUCCUCGUGGCAGGACUCGGUGUCGGAACGCCCUCCUUACUCCUACAUGGCCAUGAUCCAGUUUGCCAUCAACAGCACUGAGAAGAAGCGUAUGACUCUGAAGGACAUCUAUACCUGGAUUGAGGAUCAUUUCCCAUAUUUUAAACAUGUGGCUAAGCCAGGUUGGAAGAACUCCGUCCGGCACAACCUGUCCCUUCACGACAUGUUUGUCCGCGAGACGUCUGCCAACGGCAAAGUCUCCUUCUGGACCAUCCACCCUGACGCCAACCGCUGCCUGACGCUGGACCAGGUGUUCAAGCCACUGGACUUGGGGUCACCAACAUCGCCUGAGCACUCUGAAUCACAGCAAAAGAGACACCUACCAGAUCCCCAGAAGAACGCUGGAAACAACAGCAGCAGCAAAACUGAACCCCAGAAUGCACGCCGAAAGAUGAAGCGUCUGCUUCCUCGCAUCAACUCCUACCUGGUUCCCAUCCAGUUCCCGCUGGGUCAGCCUCUGCUCUUGCAGCCUUCUGUGAAGGUUCCUGUUUCAGUGGCACAGGGGGCUCCCCUCAGCAGCUCGGAGACCUUCCGGAGCAGUAAGCGUGUGCAUAUUGCUCCAAAGAUGUCACUCUCUGCAGAAGAUUCAUCCUCCUUGCCCAUGUCUGCUGUCAAGCAGGAGACCCAGAGUGAUGAAGGUUUAUUUUCCUCCACCCAUUCCUUAAGGGAGAGCAGCUCCCAGCCCGGUGAGGAACCUGCUUCUUUCCCCGCCAGCAUCUGUGUCAAGGAGGAAGGCGGCUCUCCGCUGGGCGACUGGCUGUCCCCGUUCGCCUCGACCUUAAUGGUGAAGGAGGAGCCAG